GAGGAUGUGGCCGAUGCAAUAUUCGAAUUACUUGAGAUUAAUAAGAAUGCAGACAAUCUAGCCCAUCAACAAUACUGUGUAAGACGAGCUCAUAAUGUACGAAAAAUAAAGACAGCGAUGGUUAAUAUUCUUGGCAAAGUGGCUAUCAUAAAUGUUCCUGGUCAAAAGGCUUCUAAGGAAGAA